GGGACAGGAACGAUUGCCGGGAGCGAUCCGGGAGGGGAGCGAUGGCGGCGCGGGGGCGGCGGAGGGAGCCGGGCUCAGCUGUGCUGGAGCUGCCCCGCACGCCGCGGCUGGUGUGCGUGGAAUACCCGGGGCUGGUGCGGGACGUCGGGGCCAUGCUGCGGACGCUGGGAGGAGAGCAGGGGGUGUCGCGGAUCUAUGCGGACCCCGCCAAAAGGCUGGAGCUGUAUUUCCGCCCCAGGGACCCUUACUGCCAUCCCGUAUGUGCCAAUCGCUUCUCCACCUCCACCCUGCUGCUCAAAGUGAAGAGGAGGACCAAGAAGAAGAAGCAGUUGGACACCAAAGAACAAAUCCAGCCUGAAGUCCAAUUUGAAAUGGAAAUUCUUGGGACUGUUGUGACUGUUUACAAAUUUCAAGGAAUGUCUGAUUUCCAGUACCUGGCAAUGCACUCUGGUCCUGAUGGAAAACAAACUUCCAUGUACAACAAAGUCCUAAUGCUCAAACCAGAGAAGGAAGAAUUUUUCAGUAGAGAGUUACCACUCUACAUCCCACCACCUAUUUUCUCACGUCUGGACACUCCCGUUGACUAUUUUUAUCGGCCAGAUAUACAACACCGGGAGGGAUACAACAAUCCCCAGGUGUCCGGAGAGAACCUCAUUGGCCUGAGCAGGGCCCGUCGCCCACACAAUGCUAUCUUUGUGAACUUUGAUGACAAAGAAAUCCCAGCUAAACCACUGGAUGCUGCUGUACAGACCUGGAAGAAAGUGUGCACAAAUCCUGUGGAUAAAAAGGUGGAGGAAGAGCUGAGAAAGCUCUUUGAAGUCCGUCCUGUCUGGUCUCGGAAUGCAGUGAAAGCCAAUAUCAGUGUCCACCCAGACAAGCUGAAACUUCUUUUGCCAUAUUUGGCCUAUUACAUGUUAACAGGUCCUUGGAGAAGCCUAUGGGUUAGGUUUGGGUAUGACCCCAGAAAACACCCUGAAGCAAAGAUUUAUCAAGUACUGGACUUCCGAAUUCGCUGUGGAAUGAAAUAUGGUUAUGCCCCUAAUGACAUGCCCGUGAAAGCAAAACGCAGUACAUAUAACUACAGUCUGCCCAUCACUGUCAAGAAGCCUGUAAGUCACACAGUCAGUGUACAUGAUCUGAAACAGGGGCUUGGUACAUCCAGUGCCUCCAGUGUAAAGAAGACUGCCUCCAGCAGGUAUAAACUGAAGGAAUGCAUCUAUAUUUUCCAAGAAGGAGCCUUACCCCCUUAUCGGCAGAUGUUCUACCAGCUCUGUGAUUUGAAUGUGGAAAGCCUGCAGAAAAUCAUCCGUCGGAAUGACGGCACAGAGUCAGAAUGCACAGAGCGGGAUGGGUGGUGUAUUCCAAAGACUAGCGAUGAGCUGCGAGAUGCCAUGUCUCUGAUGAUAAAGCAGAUAAUCAGAUCCACAAGACCUGCUCUUUUCUCAAAUACAAGAAGCAGUGAAGACAGUGAAGAGCAGCUGGCGUAUGAGUCUGCAGAGGAUGAGGAUGAUGACGAGGAGGAGGAAGAGGGCUUCAAGCCUUCUGAUGGGAGUGAAAAUGAAAUGGAGACAGAAAUUCUGGACUAUGUGUGAACUCGGUGAGCAGUCUGGCUGCUGUUGGACUAACAUCAUCUCUGCUGUUGGUCCCUGAGAGCUGAGGGUUCAGCAACCGUGCCCAGGAUAUGGGAAAGCAGAACUUGUACUAAGAUGACGAUGAUCUCUCUGCACUAACUGCGGUACUUGCUGAUGGCUGUCAUUCUUGAUGUUAGGGAGCAUUACCUGUAUUUUCAUAACUGCUGGCUAAUAAGCCCUCAAGUAAAGCUCAACAAACUCCUAAGACAGAGCCCAGAAUCCAAACCAGCUGGUAAUAUACCAGAAAAGAGGAGAAGUCGCAUUCCCAAAUCUCUCCAUGUGCGGGAAGUGCACUUUAGCUGGCUUGGUGUCCAUGUGGAAAAUGGGAAAUGUACAUGAGGAGGGAGCACUCUUGUCCUGCCAGAGUCCCUAAGGCAGGUGCUGCCCUUCUGCUUGUCUAAGGGGAAUGAAAAUCCUGGGCCAUGACUUGAGCAUCGGGCCUCGCUGGUGACCUUGGAAAUAAAGCCAGCAGGAAAGAACACUUUCUGGCAGUGAAUAACUCCUUUGUACAGGAUGUAGCAUAUAUUGUCCUCACGAGCCAAUGUGCUUCUCAAGCCAGCUUUGACUUCUCUGGUAGUUAGCAGGGACAGAAGGAAGCAGGCAAUGGAGCAGAGCUUCAGGUCCACAGAGGUUGGCCACUCGUUAGUCUGCCACUGCCAGCUGGACUGGUACCACCCUGUCGCAGAAAUUAAGGAUCUGCUGGCAUUUUCGGAGUCUUGUGUGUCAUGAGUACAAGGUUUCUCAUUAGUUGCCAAUAAUAUGCUCUAUUGCAUGUUC